AUGAAAGUUUUCUCCCUCGCUUUUCUCGGAUUUGCCGCUGCCCAGCAAGACGGAAACCCCAACGACAGAAUUGCAAAGAUUGAAGCUCAUGUCCUGACCCUCAUCGAUUCGAUUCCAGUUGAAUCAAAUCAGUUCAAGCAACGAUACACCAAUCGGCUCAACAAAGUCAUCUCGCUUGCCAAAGACUCUAUGACUGGAGACAACUGCCACACCAUCAAUGGCUACGGCGCAAAAGAUGAGGAAGAAGAUGUGAAAGUCUUCAGCGACACUGACUUCUGCAAACUCAACAGCCAAAUCAACUCUGCCCUUUCUAGCUUCGCCCGGAACUGGGCCUGCAUCGGUCGGGGCAAAACUCAUCGCCAGGUUGUCCGAAGAGCGCGAAAAAUCAAAGCUUUCUACAAUUACAGACAAAAUUGCUCAGUUUAA